GUUCAAACGUUACACAUUGUAUUCGAGCUUUCCACUGUAUUCAAAUUGUUAUGGUCAAGCAAAGAUCACGAGUAGGUUCAUCAAGCUAUGAUGUAAAAUUUAGUCGAACAAGCUAUUCACGAUGGAAUCACCAGUUGUAAGUACUAGCUAUGGCCAGUUAUGUGGAUUGAUUGAAAAAAGUUUUGAGGGUUACAAUUAUUACGCAUUCAAAGGCGUACCUUAUGCUAAGCCACCAAUUGGAGAUCUUAGAUUUGAGGAACCACAGCUUUUAAUACCAUGGGAGGGAAUACGCGAAGCAAAAAACUUUGGAUCACCCUGUGCUCAAUUCGACCAACUAACUAGAACUUUUAUUGGUAGUGAUGAUUGCUUAUAUUUAAAUAUUUAUACAAAAAAUUUGAGAAAGACUUUACCUGUCAUGGUAUGGAUUCACGGAGGGGCUUAUACUUUUGGCUGCGGCGAUGAUAUGUUUUAUGGAUCAGAUUAUUUAUUAAAAAACGAUAUUGUGUUGGUAACAGUUAAUUAUAGAGUUGGCGUUUUGGGUUUUUUCAAUUUAGAAGAUGAAAUUGCACCGGGAAAUCAAGGUUUGAAAGAUUUAGUUUUUGCUUUGAAAUGGAUACAAUUAAACAUUUCUAAAUUUGGCGGUGAUUCUUCAAAUGUAACCAUAUUUGGAGAAAGUUCAGGGGGCGCAUCUGUGAAUUACUUGGGAUUAUCACCUAUGGCAAAAGGUCUUUUUCAUAAAGCAAUUUCUCAAAGUGGUGUUGCUUUAAAUACGUGGGCAUCAACUCCUAAUCCUCGAAGUUAUGGAUUUAAGUUGUGCAAAAUUUUAGGCCAAGAUCUACAUGAUUCUCGUGAAGCCAUUGCAUUUUUAAGAAAAAUUGAUUGCUUAAAAUUAGCAAAGAUGCAAGAAAAAAUGCGAACAUUAGAAGAAAGAUUUCAAUUACUGUAUCCAUUCGGACCCGGAACAGAUAGUAAAGCUAAAAAUCCAUUUAUGCCGAUACCAAUAGAAAUAGCAGCAGAAAAUGGAAUGAAUGUGCCUUACCUUGUAGGAUUCAAUGAAAAAGAAGGAAACUACUCGUAUUAUACUGUGAAGAGCCACCCUUUGAAAGACAUAUGUAAAAAUUUUGUAGAAUACUUGCAUCCCAAUAUAAAAGUUACAUUGAAAAAACAUAAGUUAACUCCAUAUGACUUGAGAACUUUGUAUAAGUGUCAUGAUGAUGAUCUAACAGAAGAGAAUUACUGUGAAAAAAUUGCAGACUUAUUGGAAGAUAUGUAUCUUGUUGAAGGAGUACAUCGAAUGAUUAAACACCAAGUUAAUAACAACACUUCACCAGUGUACUAUUAUAAAUUCACAUAUGAUAAAGGUGUAUCAUUCACAAAAUUAAUGUUGAACAUACAAAGAAGAGGUGCUUCUCAUUUUGAUGAACUUUCAUACUUAUUUUCAAUGAGAUUCAAUGAAUUAUUGGGAAUUGAACCACUUCAGAAAGGAACUGAAUCCUACCGAUUGAUGGAACAAAUGACUGAAAUGUGGACUAAUUUUGCUAAGUUCGGAAGACCAACCAUCGAUGCUUCUAAUUUAAUUAAAACUAAUUGGGUACCGGUAACCAAUCCAACACUCUUGAGAUUUCUCGAAAUUGGAGAAUCACUUAAAAUGGACUGUACAAUAAAUAUAGAUCAAAAAUUAUCUUAUUCGAACUCCUUUAAAAAUAAACUGUAGUAAUAUUCUUUUACACGAAC